AUGUUUCCAGCAACCUGCUCAAAUCCUUUCGUGGCUAAAGCAAAACCAAUGAUUUCGCUAUUUAGCGAAGUGUUAUUAGUACCAAGAACAGAUUACGCGAGUUUGCAAGGAUUCUUAUAUGAGAAAUUUCAAAGAAUACGUAGCAUGCCGCGCGACUACUGCGUAUCGCCACUGGCUAAAGUAUUGCAGGGAUACGGCUUCGGAAUGAUAAUGGAACUAUUCGAGAAAGUCAUGACUGCCGAUCGGAUCGUGAGAUUAAACGUAAACCCUCUGUCGCAAAUGGAGUUUCUCGAGCCGUUGCUGGAAUCCGGAACUGAAGCUAUGACUUUGCAGGAAUAUCAAGAAUAUACAGACUUCUUCAUCAAAAACUCCCCGUUGAGAAAGGCGAGAGAGGAAUACAAUAUGAUCAACUUGAAAAGGGCUGCCGUAUACGAGAAACUAGCUAAGGAUGAAGAAAAGAAUGAAAAUACCUGA